AUGCCACCAAGAGUAGAUAGCGUAGCACUACUCGAACGCACCAUGCAGAUGAUCAGGGAAACUCACACCAACUGGGAUGAAGACCAAGUCUUGGAGCGUGCCUUCUCGCUAAUAAACCUCCAACCCAACACCAACCAAGCAGAGAAGAUCCCCAAGUCGGUGCUCAGCAUCAUCUCGCAAAUCGUCAAGCUCAACGAGAACAACUGGGCCAUCUGGGAGCCGAUGUUCAUGGACUGCAUCUGCCCAAUCAAGAACACCAAGCAGAUCCUCACUGAGGAGAUUCCCAGUGGCCAUACCGACUAUGAUGAGGAACUAGACAGCCACUUGCUGGGUCUCAUCUUGUCCUCCUGUGACCAUGGACCCACCAGCCAUAUCAACACCUACACCGUGCGGGAGCAAGGUGAGGAGGAGCAGCUCGGCUCUACACUCUACAAGAAGCUCAAAGCCACUCUCACAAUAAAUGACAAAGUUAAGCUCUCCGCCAUUCACGACCGGGUACACGAAGUCAAGCUAGCCCAGCGCAACAUUGCCAACCUUGGUAAGGAGCUCGAUCAAAUCUGGAAUGAUGCAGCCAGGCUCGGUAGCCACAUGGACGAAAAGCUCAAGAAGUCUACCCUGUACCGCUGCAUCAAAGACGACUGGCUCUACACCCAGACAGUAGACUCCCUCAAAGCUGCUCAACCUGGUUGCAGCUAUGAGUAUGCCUAUCAUGCACUAGCUAAGAAGCACCAAGAAGCUGAGCUCUCAGGUCGUAUCCGAGCCAUGGCCAGAGCCGCGAGCAAUAGAAGUUCAACAGGCCAAGCUGGCGAGCAUAGGCAGGUUCUUAACCAAGAGGGCUACAAUAGGGGCAGGCACGACCCUGCAAACCCUAAUGAACUGGCCAAGUGCUAUAGGUGUAGGCAACCCGGGCACAUUGCCAUCAACUGCACCAACACUACACAUCACAUGGUACAUGAUGAGGGUAAGCUCAUUGCUCCGACGCCGAAGCAAGGAUCUGUAGAUACUGCUGGACAUGAACGGUUGCGAGUACAGGCAAUAGGUGAUGCAACUUUGCGAGUAAGAGACGUUAAGAUACCACUCACUGACGUACUUCACGUUCCCAACCUUAGCAAGAACCUAUUGUCCAUCCCAGCGCUGACUGAAAAUGGUGCAUGUGUGAUAUUUGAAGAGUCUGGAGCUACUAUCCUCCAGCAUGAUGGGAGCAUGGUCAAGAGCAAGACCAACCGGUGCAAGAAGAGAUGGGAGGUUUACGGUGACUCCCUAGCAGCACAGCUCAAUGAUCCCCUAGAGGGCAUUGAUGCUACCACAACACCAGCAAAACCCGCGAGCCACACGACGAGCAAGCUAUGGCAUGAACGAUUUGCCCAGGCACCCCUGGAGCUGGUACACAUUGACUUGAUGACGGACCUGAAAGGCCAUCCCAACUACCACCAUGCACUGGUAGUUGUAGAUGACUCAUCAUCCUAUGUAUAUGUGAAACCACUCCUCAGCAAGGCCGAAGCAUUCCCCGCCCUAAAGGCAUGGAUCAAGGCAGCAGAGAUAGCAAUGGACCACACGCUAAAGUGCAUCCGCAGCGACAACGGAACAGAGUGGUCCAGCUUUGGAGCAGAAGAAUGGAAACGAGAAGCAGGGUUCAAGUGGCAGAAAACCACACCUUAUGUCAGUGCCCAGAAUGGGAGAGCAGAGUGCAUGAUCAGAUCCCUUCAAGAAAAGAUGUGUGCAAUGCUUGUCCAGAGAUCAGUACCAAAGGAGCUGUGGCCCUACGCCAUCAUGGCUGCAGGGCACACACUGAACUUGACACCCUCUACUGAAGCAAAUAGGAUUCCAUACGAGGACUUCCACCGCAAGUCUGCGCAUGGCUUGGCCAAGCAGCUGUGUGUCUUUGGCUGCCUUGCUUGGGUCCACCUCCCCAAGAAGGAUCAUACAGGAAAGCACAGCGUAAGAGCAAUCCCAGGAAUCAUGGUCGGCUAUGAUGACGAGCACAAGGGCUGGAAAUUCUUUACCCCCGGCCACACCCCAUCUAUACAGUGGAGCAACUCAGCCACAUUCCAUGAAGCCAAAGGUUGGCAUGAUCGCCCCAGUGUGCAGAGCCCACUGCAGUUCGGCUUCGAGAGCCUCGAAGCAGAAGAUACUAGACCCGAGACAGAUAGCGACAAGCCCGAAUUGGAGGUGGAAGUACUCGACAUGGAGGACCCACUUCCCAAAAUACACACUGCACUGCCCGCCGACCCUAUAGAUGACAACAGGUUGGAGCUCGAUGUUGAAGAGAUAAUUGGAGAAGCACACACAGCCACCCUGAACCUCACGCCAACCUUAAAGGAAGCACUCGCCAGCGAUGAUGCACAACAAUGGCAGGAAGCCAUACGCAAGGAGCUGGACGGACUUGAGGCAAUGGGAACAUGGGAGAUUGUGGAUGUUCCACCAAACACUAGACUUGUCGACUCCAAAAUAGUCCUUCGGCUCAAAUUGGAUGCCGAUGGCAUACCAGUCCAGCACAAAGCGAGACUCGUCGCACGGGGCUUUACACAGCGGGAGGGUAUCGACUUCGAAGAAACCUUUGCACCUGUGGCACCGCUCAGCGCAAUAAGAGCCCUGUUAUCUUUGGCAGUGGAGCGCAACUGGGAAGUCCAUCAGCUUGACAUCACAAUGGCUUACCUCAACUCCACGCUCAACCAUGUGAUCUACAUGAAACCACCAGAAGGUGCCAAAGUGCCAAAAGGGAAAGCCUACCGAGUCAUCAAGGGACUGUAUGGCCUUAAACAGUCGGGAUGGGAAUGGAACAUGGAGUUUGAUAAGUUCCUGCGAUGCUCAAACUUCCACAGGCUCGACUGUGCACCAUGCAUCUACACUAGAGGAGAAGGAGAUAACUUUGCAAUAGUGGUCAUCUAUGUUGACAACACACUAAUUAUAGCUCCAACCCUAGAAACAGUAAGGCAUAUCAAGGAGGAAAUAGGCCAAAGAUGGCAGAUGGAGGAUGGUGGCAAUGUCUCCCACUUCCUCGGGAUCAAAAUCACCAGGGAUCGAGAAGCGAAAACCAUGGACCUCGAGCAAACUAGUUAUGUUAAGCAGCUUCUGGAUGAACAUUUGGACAAGCGCAGAAGGAAGUCUAGCGUACCACUCCAAGACAUUCCAGUCCCAGAAAUGGCAGCAAGCAUAGCAGAACGAAAGGAGUACCCACAGAUCGUCGGCAAACUCCUGUGGUUGUCUAAUGGAACACGUCCAGACAUCAGCCAAGCCAUCGGCAUCCUUGCACACUAUAUGACACAACCGUCAAGGGAGCACUACAAUGCUGCACAGAAAGUACUCCAAUAUUUGGACUACACACGAGAUAUCCGCUUACAAUAUGGCAGCAACAAGCAACAAGACUUUCUGAUGGCACACAGCGAUGCAAACUGGGCAAGCGACGCUACAGCACAACGCAAAAGCUCAUCUGGUUCAGCAGUGUUUGUAUGUGGCAACCUGGUAGCAUGGAAAUCAGCACUACAGCACUGCACCGCCUUAUCGGCAGUGGAAGCAGAAUUUGUAGCUGCGACAGAAGCCGCACGAGAGGUCCUGUUCUUCAAACACCUCUUCAAGGCCAUUGGAAUUGAUGUUGGUAUCCCUACAAUCUUUUCAGACAACACUGGUACCAUCCAGGUUAGCAAGGACCCUGCACAACGCUGGAAGUUAAAGCACAUUGACACCAAAUACCACUUCAUCAGAGACAAUGUGCAAGAUGGAAAGGUCAAGAUCAAGUACAUUAACACUGCAGAUAACUUGGCAGACCUCUUUACCAAACCAGUGGGAAAGACUAUACUACAGUGUGUGCGACAGGGACUGGGACUAAAAGCCCAGCAUGAUGCAGUGGCUCGGCAGUCUCCUGCCUUGCCACUGAGGGAGGCAGUUGAGGGAGUUGAAGUAGAUAAAGCUACACAAAGCCUAGAGACAGCGAGGGUAAUGCUUACGGCUGAGUGA